ACUGCGGGCUACCCUCUCGUCACGUGCGCACGCGUGCCGUGCGGGACACGCGUCGAACGCAAAUCACGCGUGACGGGCCGCGUGCGCGAGCGGCACACGCGCCACACCGCGCCGCCCCGUGGCGUCGCGACGCCCCCGACGCACCUGCCGCUGGCCGCCUCGGCGCGUUUAUAAGGCGGCGACGCCCAGCACCCGGAGUCAUUCAGCGGGCUCCAGGCGGCGUCUUCGCAGUUGCAGGUUCCCGGCCGCGCCCGCUCGCCAGUCGCUUCCCCGCUGCCGCUGCUGCUUCUGCUGCCAUGGCUACCGGGAAUUUAGGUUGCCUGCUUGUGCUGCUGGUGCUGCUCGCGGCGGUGGCCAGCGCCGACGACUCGGGCCCUUUCUUCAUCAAGGCUUCCAAGUCUGUUCCGCGCAUCGGCCGCCGGGGCGACUUCUACAUCAAGGCCGCUUCGAAAUCGGUGCCCCGAAUGGGGAAGAAGAGCGAAGAUGGUCUCCUUGAGAACAGCGGAGCAACGGCGCCGGUGGAGAAUCCCAAACCCGUGUACCUGGUGCGCUACGCUCGUCGCGGCCCGGCCGAGACUCCAGGCGCCGGUUCAGCAGUGGUGCCUCUGAACGGCAAGCGCGAUGACCCUUGGGGCACCGAGGACCUCUCCUGGAAAGACAUCGACCGCCUCAUGGAGGAACGGCCUGACCUCUGGCGGCGAAUGUUGGAAGCUCCGGCGCCACCAGCCACAGGCGAUGCGGACGCGGAUGCUCCCUGGCGGCGACAUUUUGAAGAAUGAACAACUUCCGAUCCCCUCCGCUUGACUCCUCGAGCAUUGGUGGGACUGAGCGAGAGAGGGCAGUUUGAACGGGCUGGGAAUUCUGGGGUUUUCUCAAAAAAAUUUGGAAGCAACGCGUUAAAAACUAAAAAAAAAUAUAAUUUUAAAAAUGCAUCUUUUGUCUCAUCGCUAGAAACUGGUUCAUAGUUUAAGGUAAAGAAAUGACUAGCUGAGUUAUGAAUACAAGUUGAUGGUUUUCUAUUCAAAUAAGGAGAACCUUGAAAUAAAGAAAAUAUUGUAGCUGCGUGAAAGAAAUUGAGCAUUAGGACAAUAAACUAUAUUUGUAGAUAAAUUUUUAAAUUAAAUUGUCAUUGACAACUUGAAAUGAAAAAUGUAAAAUACAGUAGUAUUUCGAUUGUUCAAUAACAAUAUUUUCUAUAUUCAGUGCUUCAUUGAAUGCUGGCUAGGAAAAGAAAAGUGAAAGUCUUUGAAUGUUUAAUAUUGUGGGGCAAGGAAAAUGGAUUGUCAAAACGAUUGUACUGAUAUACAGAGAUUGAUUGAAUAUGACAUGAAUGAUUGAAGUUGAAACAGGACCAGUAAUCUUGUCUAGAUUGAAUAAAGAAGUUAAGCAUUCAGUAUAUUUCUAAUAUUUGCAAACUGCCUUAUGCAUGUGUCCUCAUAUCUAUCAUUUUUAUUUUUAUUCUGGUUUAUCAUUUAUCAAUAUUUGAGUAAUCAAAUGGCCUGAAAUUUUGAACUGUGUUUUUUAUAUCAUCAGAUAAACAAAAUGUAAUUGAAGUUAUCGAACAUUUUUGUGUAUUAUAGGAAGAACUUGCUUGAGAGACAAAAGUGAGAGAUGGUGCGAAUUGCCAAUUUUUCCGGGGGGAGUUCCUUCAAAGUUUUAUGAAGGAUCUGUGAAAUGACAAGAGAAGCGAAAACCAUGUUCGCUUCCGUAGCGCACUAUAAGUAAAUGCUAAGAAUGAGUUUGGGAAUGCUUGCUUUUCAAAUUUUCGUGACUUGAAUUCCUUUGUUUGAUCGCGUUUGGAAAUCAUUAUCAGUGUGAAAAUCAUAAAUAAGGCACCUAGAUAUGAAUUGAUUGCGUACCUGGCAGCGACAAAUUACCUUUUACAGCAAGAAACAUCGAACUCAAUAGGAAAGCCAUUCUUGAUCUCCCGCACCGCUCCCACGCCAAUUCACAUUCUGUGUUAUACAUUUUUAAUUUUAAACGCAGCGAAACUGAAAUAGUUUGGAAAAGAUGUGCAACGCUGUAGCUAAACUGAUGAGUAGUUGAGUGGAAUUUAGUUUAGAAUUGUAUUUUCAAAACCAAGAACAAGACAUAUAGUUCAUAAAGUGUUACGAAUACUAACGUGAGUAAUAAUACUUAACCGGUCUAAUACAUCCGGAAAUACUUAAAAAAAAAUUAUUUCUGAUAAUUUAUGGGCGUGAGGAAUGAGAGAAAAACGAUUUUCCUCUUUUGAAUGAAUUCACAGCCAUCUAAUUAUAUAGUACGUAUAGUUCGUCGUCUACUUAGUGAUUAAUAAAUUUCAUCAAGUGAACAUUUUACUAAGUAUUCUCCUAUAUAAAUGGACUGAUGUGCACAUGCAAAUGGCAGAAACAUACGAAUGUUCUUUAACGUGGCCCGGUAACUCAUAAUUUUUGGAAGCAUGCCAUGGGUAUCCCAUUGGCCGUUCCAGGAGAAUGUAGUUAGAUUUGGAGGAGCAAACCUGUAGAAAAGUUAGGAGUGAGAUUCAUAGUGGCAAAGUCAGUUGUUUUCCAGGUUUCAGUCUGUUUAUCAAGGCGUCCAGAAAAGCUCUGUUUACAUUUAGCCUCGUAAGAAUCUCUAAGUCCUGAGUAGUUACGUUGCUCCAAUCUGGUUCAUUGAGAGAUGAAUAUAAAGUGCAAAGAAUGGUUAAAGCUAUAAAAACAAGAUCCUAGAAACCGGGGUGAAGUUGAAUGAAUCUCACUCCAUCUCCUUACCCACAUGUAGCCUCCGGGCAGUCAAUGAAGCGUUCAAAGCUCAUAAAGUAACAGCAGCAGUAAUGUAUGCCAGGAAUGAUUGAUAAGUGUAAAAUAUAUUAUAUAAUAAGAAAACUAGUUUAGUUCGUUUGAUAAGACAUGUUCAGUGUAUGAAUUAUUGUUCUGAAGAAACAAUAUAACUCGUUAAUAAAAUGAGUGCAAAUAAUGACAUGCAUGUAGUGGUUUGCAUCUUUUGUUGGUUAUAAUUGUUUACAGGUAACACGUGGUGCCAACAGGAAGCUUUAGUAUGCAAAUCAUCUUCAGUUAAUGUUACAGGAAUUCUAUAAUCUAUCUACGUAGUUAAUUCUGAUACAAUGACAGUUUUAGCUACCAAUUCUCUUUCCAAGAGUCUUCUCAGAUGAACAUUUGGAGAUUUAUGAACUGAUAUGUCGUUAUUUUGGGAUAACAGAACUCCAUCUAUCUUCAUCACAUAACUGAGAUCUAAGUGAAAAUGUGAAUAAUAAUGCAAAUUGACAUUUAAUUUUGUUACUGGUCUCCACUGCAUUACGUGAGUAUGUAUUUACUAAUUUUUAUUACACUUUUGCAAACGAAUGUUAAAAUGUUAGUGAAAUGAAAUAAUGUUCGAAAGUAUAUUUCUCAUCUGACCAGAUAAAAAAUAUUUUUUUUAUAAGAGACUUUUCCUUUACGAUAUCAUUGUCAUAUUUACCCAUGAAAUAACAACGUAUUGAGAUGCAUACUGUACCUAUCAAUGUUUGUAAGUAAAAUGGUGAACUAGGAACACGAAUCGUAUAUGAGUAAUAUUGUUGUUUGUUGCACUAUUUUACAUUACAUUCAUGAAACUACGGGGAAAAUGAGUAACUAAUAUUAAUGGCGUGAUCUUGG